UCUGCUUGUAUACUAGACAAUCAACCAAGUGUUUCUUUAAAAAAACUCGUAUGUUUUAUUGUUCAGGUUUACGCUCCAGCGUGGUUCGAUAUAAAAAAAUCUUCAAAAUUUCACAAAUCCCCGCGCCUUAUUUUUUCUACUAUCACUAGAAUAAAUAAUCUCCCCUUUGAUGAUGUUAAAUAUAUUGUUAAAAAAAACAUUAAAAACAAUGCAUUGUGCCUAAAACCUGAAAAUAUUCUUUAUGCCAUGUUAAAAGAUAAUGACAGCAAGAUACGAAACUUUGGUUUUCAAAUCCUACUGGGUCUAAGGCAAAGAGUAAACAACGAAAGUUUGGAAGUAAAUUUGAAAAAAAUUCCAGAAAUUAAUUUUAAUGCUAAUCAUUGGUAUGAGUUGGUAGACAUCAGCAUUACUAAAUUUACGGAGCCCCCAACAACACAACAUUUUUCAAUUGAGCAAAUCCAAUAUGCGAUUGACAAUAAUGUUAAACCUGAAAUCCCCGUCUUUCCAUCUCACUCCCAGAGUGUUGAGCGAGCGGUAAAACUUGUGUCGGACGCAUCCCAAUAUGUUUAUGGAUUCGAGAAUCGACACAGCUGCAUUUUAACUAAACUACUUAUUAGGAAGAUGCGUAAACCUUAUAUUUCAAAAGAGCAUUAUUCCCAUUCUUAUUAUGAUAUUUUUUAAUUGAAAAUGUUUUCCUAAAAUAUAUAUAUCCAUAGCCAAAAUCUUUUAAUUUGUGAAAAUGUUUAUUUGGAUAUUCUUAUGUAAAUAUAAGAAUAAAAGUUUCACUAUUUAAAUCUUCAAAUAGUUAACAAGUUGAUAUAAAUUUAGCUUAAUUGUUAUAAACUGUUAUAAACUUAAAUCAUACAGCAAAGCAAAUUGUAUUGAAAAACAUUUAAAUAUGAACUUAGUUAAAACGUCAAGUUUUGCAUAUAACGCUUUUUAAGGUGUUUUUUUACAUAAUCCAACAAAUCUUAAAAAUUAAAUCCGCAAGCGAUUCUUUAUCCAAAUUCUCUCAAAUUUUGAGAGUAAUCGUAUUUUAACUGUCUACAACUACUGCAAUAUUACGCAAUAUGCGGAAUUAAAA